AGUUCAAAUUAAAAAUAAAUAUCAAAGGUUUAACAUUGUAAGUGCUUUGUUGGUUUUUUUAAGUUACAAAAGAGAAUUUUUUUUGAAAAGGAAAGUAUUUGAUGAAGAGAUAGGGGUUGACACAUUUCGUAAACGUAGUAACUCGAUACGAACGCUUAUAGAAUUGAAGAACAAAUCAUCUAUUUGGAAUUGUAUAUAGCAAAAGGAAUUCACAAAAUGUUCGUCACUGUGCGGUAUGGUGAUAACGAGAGCAGAUUGUUCAAUAUUAACUGUCGUAACGAAGUUCUUCUUUACCAGAUUAAGAAAAGAUGCAAGAUGGACCAUGACGAAAUAAUAGAGUUAUCAGACGAACAUGGUGGUGUAAAGAACUUGCGACAAAAUCUUAACGAAUAUGGUUACGACUUUCUAAAAGAACGAGAGACGCUGAUUUUACUUCGUGUUGACGCAUGUGAAGGUGAGCAUACAGAAGAGAAUGAGUCCGUCACAGAGAAGACAAUAUUUAUACCCAUGUUAGCAAAUAUGAAUGAAAAUCAAGAUUUUAUUGAUGCACUCAACCCACAAAAUCAUCUUGGACGCAAAAAUUCUUUACUGGAUGAUAUAGACGGGAAAGGAAGAAAAUCUAAAAACAAAGACAGGAAAAAAGACAAAAAACCUAAACCUCCUCAACCUAAAAAAUAAAUACAAGUGUAAUGUUUAUAAUAUGUGAUCUCAAGUUAGUGGCAUAAUCAUAAUUUAACCUGGUGAUGUUAUUAUUAAUCAGAGAAAGCUAUCUCUUCUCUGAUGACAGAAACAUAUUACAAAUCAUGAAAACAAAGAAAGAAAUGUCAAAAAAUCUCUAUUAUUUUAUUGUCAUAUCCAGGGAUAUGUAAUUGCAGAUGUACACAUUAACAAGCAUAUUUUCUUUGUUAUAGUUC